AUAGACACACAUUUACAGACAAAGCUUCAAGCUUUCAUUUCAUGUUGGAAAUUAUGGCUUAACGAUUUUUUGACAACCAAUCCAGUGAGACCUACCAAUUGUGAGAGCAACCUGGUCUCCCCUAUUUGAUGUUUUCCUAAUUUAAAUUUAACACCAACAGUAGCUGGAUAUAACUACCUGGCGGGCUGGAUCUGGCCCCAGGGCUUGACUUUGACACAUGAGCUCUACAGUGUUCCAAAACUCUACGGCUGUAAUAUACCAGUAUUAUAGCAGAAUAAACAGAGUUGUCCUCAAGAACUUCACUUAAGUCUAUGCAAACAAAACAAAAUUAGCAGCUGCAAACAGACAAAUUCUUCAUUUCUUGAGAUGUGGGGCAAUAAUCUAUUUCCGUUUCCACUUUCCAGCACUAGAUGGAACUGUUGAGUUAUUUUUAUGUUUUUUUUUUUUUUUUUUAUGAUUUUAGAGAAGAACGACACACAGGAAGAAUCCGAGUUUUGCAGGUUUCUUAAGUAUCCACUGCUGACUCAGCUUCAUAUCUUUUCCUCGUCUCUGAUUCCAGAUGAACACCGUUAUUGGGGACAGACAAAUGGAAAGACGGAAGUUUCUGGGUGGAAGGCAGGAGUCAUAGAAACAGAGGUGGGUGGUGACAGGAGCCACUCCCUUGGUUUCUCCCGGAGGAACCUGGUUUCAGUGUCACAGUGUCUUCGCUGUUCAAACACAGGAAGGAGACUGAAACCUCUCACAAGACAGAGAAUACUCCAGAAGACUGCUCUGCUGAAAGAUAGAAGCUCUUUCCUGAAGGGAAACCAGUGUGCCGCAGGACCUCAGAACUAUCCAGAGAGGAAAACAAGGUUCAUUACUAUAACUGUUUUCAAAAGAAGGCCAUGAUCUGACUUUAUGUGACGAGUAAAGUUCAAAUAUUACAGAAAAUCUGCAUAAAAGGCAAAUAAAUUACCAUAACGCGGCGUGAUGUCAAACGGCACAACCAGCCGGGCCGCAUUCCUGCACUUGGCUCCGCCUCCUCCUCAUUCCUGGGUGAGUGAGUGUGAGAGAGGAGGUGAGCGCUGAGGUCAUAAUCUUUAAGUCUCCCAGCAGCAAGAAGAGCGAGGAGGUGAGGAGAAGAGCAGCGUGGAUGAAACAGAGAACAAGCUGAACUUCAGGGGAUCACACGCUGACAUCUCUCCUGCUGUCUGCUGCAGCUUCUGCUGGAGCGUGGGCCAUGGAGCUGAAGGUGUGGGUGGAGGGCGUCCUCAGAGUGGUCUGUGGCUUAUCACUGAGCACUUCCUGUCAGGAUGUCGUCAUCGCUCUUGCUCAAGCGAUCGGUCAGACGGGGCGGUACACCCUCACCAUGAAGUAUCGAGGAAACGAGAGGACUUUGGUCGCUGACGACUGUCCUCUGCAGCAGCUGGCUCAGCUGGGACCUCUGGCCGCAGAGGUCCAGUUUGUUCUGCAAAGAACCGGUCCCACCCUCAGUGAGGACUCACACAACUCCGCCAUCGGGAGAGGGCUUCUUCCAUCAAGACCAUCAGAACCCAUAAAGCACAAGGGACCUCAGAAGGCUCUUACCUUCAAUCUAGGUCCUUCAUCUCUUCCCAGGAGGAGUAAACAACACAAAGCUGUGUCUUCAUCACCCAGGUCAUCGCCUGACCCAUCAUCCCACAGCUCUGACUCUGAGAUAACCUCAAAAGAGGAGGUGUUUUGGCAGAUCCUGCAGCACCAGAGCCAGCUGCAGGAUUUGGAGCUUCAGAUUGAAGCUCUGGAGAAAGAGACAGUGUUUCUGGAGCAGGAGAGCUCUCCUGCUGAUGUCUUCAGCCUGAGUCCAGCGUUCACAGAGGAGCUGGCAGAUCUGGAGCAACAGUUCAGGCAGAACGAGGUGGAGAUGAUGUACGGAGAUACCUGGGAGGAGGAGCUACAGGUGGAGACGGACCUUGAACUGGCGAGGAGCAAACGUCUCGAAGAGAUUUAUGCCUCCAUAGAUGAACAAAAUGAAGAUAUGAAGGAGCUUCGCACGCAGUGUACAAAGCUGGAGCAGGAGGUGGACCUUAGGAUCCAGAGGGAGAGCUCCCAGAUGAAAGAUAAGCAGAAAAACGAAGCCCUCAUGUCCCUGACACAGAAGCUCCAGAACCGCCUGCAGCUGGGAGAAGAACUGGAGAGGAUGCUGAGUGAAACCCAGAGGGAGCUGCAAACAGCAGAGGAAAGGGGAAAGGAGAAACAAGAGAUUAUCAAGGAGCUGAACAAAGAGCUGAGGCAGAGCAACCUGCAGCACUUCAUCCACCAGGCGGGGGGGACUCCACUCUCUGAGCAGAAGAACCCGCUCCACCUCAAAGAUGUUUACCUCAAAAGCUCCAGCAUGAUGGAGGAAAAACUGUGAAGAAGAAACACCAGAAGGUUACUGCUUAUAUUGGACACAUUUAGAAAACAAAUAUGAACAAUAUGCUUCAUAAAUAUUAAUCAUUACUUUUGCAUCAGUUUAGAAAAUGUAAGAAAAUAUCCAUAAAAUCAAAGAAAUCUUACGUAAAUUAACAGGACUUUCCUUUUCUUGUCACAGGACAUAGAAGAAAAAGACAUAUCCUGAGCCCUCUCAGUCCUGUUCAUGUACCUGUGGGUGUUAUGUCACUGUGUAAAUGUAUGUGUGAGUGUGUGAGUUUGACAACUGCACUGCCUCUGGGUCUGAAAACAUGCCUUCAAGAAUGUAAAAAUAAAACAAAAGUUAAGGGUGCUUUAUAUUUUUUAUAAUAUUCUGGAAAAUGUGACCACCAUCUUUUUGUACAUAGAGACUCAUAUUUAUUCCGAAAUAAAGAUCAGCUGAUGCA